AUGAAAAAAGGUCUUUUUUCGACGAAACAAACCUUAUCCCCCCCCCCCCUUAAUUUAUUUAUUGUAUUUUAUUUAUUAAACGUUUUCAGAAUAAAAAAAAAUAACCAGAAGCAGUUUGAGCUGAUGGGGAAGCUUUUGGAGAAAAAUCCACAGCUAGCCAAAGGAAUGACGCCGUUUGGAUCAACAAAAAAAACUAGGAUUGACUUCUGGGAAGAUAUAGCGGUUGAACUGAAUAAUAUCGGCCCUCCACUACGUAGAGGAAGCGAAUGGAAUAAGGUUUGGUUGGACUACAAAUUAAAACUAAAGAAGAAAAUUUCCAACAAUCGAAGAGAGACUGUAGCCACAGGUGGGGGCCCUUAUACUCAACGCAGUUUAACGCCUUUAGAGCAAGCCGUGGACGAUUUGUUCAGCUUACAGGAUGCAGUGAAUCCAAGCGGAUCAACGUUUGGAAACACUGCAGCUGAAAAUUUGGAAGAAAGCAUCACACAUGUAGACGUUGACGAGGUGCAACCUGAACAGGUGCGUGAAAAUUUGAACGUCAACGUUACACCUAGGCAGGCACGUAUAACCGGAGUGGAGGAGCGCGAAACUUUGCGUAUGAAGGCUUUAGAAAAGCAAGCGCAAACGCAAGAAAGCCUUGUCGAUUUACUACACAGUAUUAAGUCAGAAACAAAAGAAAUCGGAAGGUAUACAAGAAAAAUGUAUGAACUAAAAAAAGAAAAAUUGUAAUUAAAAAAAAAAAGAAGAAAGGAAGAAAGAAGAAAAUAUUGAGCAAAAAAGGAGACAUAAAGAAAAAAUUGAAAUAAAAUUAAAGGAAUUAGAAUUAAAACAAAUUAAACACACAAAAUAAA